GGAGCCGGGGGAGCGCGCGCUCGUAUGUAAAUGAGCGGGCGUGAGGUCAGAGGCAGAUGGAAAAGGGAACAGACAGAAUGGCCGCCGCGGCUCCUGCUCCUCCUGCCGCCGCCUCCCAGUGCCGGAGCCCCCGCUGCACGGCGGAGCGCAGGGGAGUCCGCCGAGAACUCGACUCCUGGCGGCACCGGCUCAUGCACUGUGUGGGUUUUGAAAGUAUUUUAGAAGGGCUUUAUGGACCAAGGCUACGAAGAGACCUCAGUUUAUUUGAAGCUUUUAGAAAGGGAGGACAAGCUGCUCAGCUUCCUAUUGGCAUUAAUUGGGAAAAGGAAGACUGUGAGCCAGAAGAGCUGACUGACUGGUCUAUGGAUGAGAAAUGUUCCUUUUGUAACUUACACAAAGAAACAGUCAGUGAUCGUGCAUCAGUUAUCGGUUCUUCACAGUCAACGCCUACAGAGGAACUGUCAUCUCAGGGCCAGUCCAACACUGAUAAGAUUGAAUGCCAAGCAGAAAACUAUCUAAAUGCACUCUUUCGAAAGAAAGAUCUUCCUCAGAACUGUGAUCCUAACAUUCCCCUAGUUGCUCAGGAAUUAAUGAAAAAAAUGAUCCGUCAGUUUGCAAUUGAGUACAUUUCAAAAAGUAGCAAAAUUCAAGAGAACAGAAAUGGUUCAUCAUUUGAACCAAGUCUGAUAUGUAAAAGUAUCCAAAUGAACCAAACUGAAAACUCCCUUCAGGAAGAACAGGAUAGCCCUCUAGACCUCACUGUGAAUCGAACUCAAGAACAGAAUACUCAGCAAGGGGAUGGAGUGCUAGAUCUCUCUACAAAGAAAAGCGCAAGGUUGGAAGAACCAAAAUAUGAUCCAUUGUGUUCUGAAAACUCAGUGUCUGGUUCAAGCUCAACAGCUGAUGCAAAUUCAGAGGAAACAGCUAAUUUGGAAAAAGGAAAAUCAACACUAAACAAAGUUUUGGAGUCUUUUUGUUCAUAUCACUGGCAACAGACUUUGGCUAUGUUAAAAUUUUUAAUACAAGAUGAAAAUGUUCCUAUAGUUUGCAGUUGCAAGCAAACACAUUUGGUCCACUCUGAAACUCCCAAUUCCCUUACUGAAGAGGAUGUUCACAUUUCAUUUUGCAAUUGCAAUGGACAUAUGCUAACAAAAAGGUGCUGUUUACAAAAUCAACAACCAAACACUUGUUUACCACCUCUGUCUGUCUGUAUUAAAGAUUUCCAUUCUUUGUCAUGCCAAGCUGUAGCAAUGGGAUGUAUUAAGACAAUGAUGAACAAAGCAUGUAGUUCUCAUAAGUAUUGUGCUGAACAAAUGCAAAAUUGUAACAGGCAUUCUGUGAAAGCAGCAGCAUGUACAUACUCAACUAAGGACUGUGAUCUCUUGAACAGCAUUAAAAAUUCAAAUAGAUCCCGCAGCCCAUCACCGCCUCCGCUAUCGCCUGUACAGAGUAAAGAAUUUGAAUCUUUGGAAGGAUCUGUUAUAGAUUUUCCAACUUUAGACAAUGACAAACUUGAAAUAUCCAUCAACCAGCCUCCAUCCCUCUUGCCAGCGGAAGGAAACGCAGGAGAAUUUGAAUAUGAAGGUAGAACAUGCAGAGGAAAAGAGACCAAAUAUUCAGAUGGAAUGUUGCUAGCAACAGACCAAGAAAGCAACAAUUACUAUGUAACUUCUGAGAAGGCUGAGAAAGGUGAACAUUCUUACAUUUUUCAAGAUUUAAUGGAUCGUAUUAAUGAAAAGUUAAAAUCAAUAGACACUACAGAUAUAGCAACAAAUCUUCUAAAACUUUCUAGCAGUGACAGGGCACCAGAAAAUGAUGUCAAAUUAGGAGACUUCAUAACAUCUCUCUUGCAUAAUGCUAAGGCAAGUGAUUACAGCUUUAUGGAAUUACUUCGCCAACAUGAUAAACAAAUGGAAAAUAAAAUUAUCCAAACAAGAUUUCGCAAGCGUCAGGAAACUUUAUGUGCAAUGUAUAAUUCUCCUGAUUCACCAUUCAUUCGGCGACAAUCUUUGCAAAUCAAGAGGGAGCUUGCAAGCCUUGAUGAAACUCUUGUAAGAAAAAAAUCAAUUUCUGAGAGAAGUGCAAAGAAAUCUACAAAAAAAAUUGACAAAAUAUAUCCAAAUAAAAGACACAGUUUUACGGUGGUAGAAGAUGACACUUUGCAACAUUUUGAAAGUAAUCCAUAUGUGAAUUGCCAAACCAAACCAAUGUGCUUUCCAGUUCACCAAACAGAGUCUUUCGAACUACCUCUUACUAAUUUUCAAACCAGCCCCAGCUUUUUAGUUCUUUCAGAAAACAGUGCUGUUGCAGCCAGCCAGGUAAAACUUGCAAACACACAAGAAGAUUAUGCAACCUUAAAAGAGACUGAUGAGAUUCCUUUAAUGGACGAAAGUAAUGGAAACUUGGGAAGAACUAAACGUAACAUUGUGCCCCCUGGAUGGUACUCUGUGUAUGUAACGAACAAUAUUGUGUUUAGGAAGUCAUCCAGUGCAAAAAAGUCUUUAGAAAGUUUGGAAAAAAUGAAAAUAAAUAAAGAUGUUCCUGCUGAAAGAUGCAGUGACAUAAGCAAAAUUGUGAGAGACACAAAUCUGCAAGUUGUUGUAGAGCGUUUAGAAGAUACAAUGAACUUUGCUAGAAAGACUAACAGCUCAUUGUUGGAUAGUUACAAAAUCAGCCAAAAAUUAAAAGAGAAUGUUUAUGAACAGUUUAUGAACGCAGCUGCUAGAAGAGUCUUACCUUUCAAUCUGAGUGAAAUGGGAUGCACAGGACAAAGCUUCCUUCCACGUUCACCUGUACUAAGCAGCAGUAAAAUCAAAGCUCUGUGUGUGACAACAAAGAAACAAGAAAUGGUUAUAGAUCAAGAAAUUAGUGAUAGCCUUUUGAGAUCUCUGACCUUUGAUUCAUCCAGUUCAGCUUCCAAUAAUGGGGACUCGCAUACAACUUCUGAAGCUGUGGAGAUCUCAUCUCCCUUAAACUACUCUAGUCCUAUUAAGCUUAUGUUUGUCUCUGAGGUUAAUAGUAGUGAAGGAGUCAAAUAUACUUUGACAUCUGCAGCUGCAUCUUCUAAAGGAAGCACAGAUAUUUGUUUGUUUCAGGGGCAUGCAAACACAUUGUUAGACAAAAAGGCCGCAGGAGCUCUUUCUCAUGCAAUCUGUGUCAAGGAUUGUGAUUACAGUGAAAAUGAUACCAAGGAGGAGUCAAGCUGUGUUUAUGCAGAAGCAAUUACAAGUUCUUGUCCAGUUGGUCAAGCUAAUUUAAAUGAUGCGAAACAGAAUGACAAAGUUGCGGAGAAAUCAAGCAGCAGUGAAUCAGUUUUAAAAAGAAAACCUGGUAGACCAAAGAAAAUAGGUCCUCAAGUUGUUAAGCAGGUUAAGAGACCUAUUGGACGGCCUCCAAAACCAAAAAUAGAUGUGACUGAAAGCACAGAACCUAGACCUGAACUUAGCAGUGAUAGUCGAGGUACCAAAUCUGCUGCAGCAGUAAUGGAAGAAGUUAAUAGCAACAAAAACAUUACUGUGACAGUUGUUUUUGGAAGGUCAAGAAGGACAAAGAGACAUGUUUCUGAAGGUAAUCUAAAUGUAAUCAGCAUUCUGCCCACACAACGCCUUGAUUCUAGUUUUGCCAAUGACCACAGUAAAGCAAAGCAUAGUGCAGAAACUGAAAAUGCUUUGACUGAAAUAGUAAGAGCCUUACAGAAUUCUUCUACUGAAAACAAGGUCUGUGGUUAUGACUAUGUCAGACCUAUCAAGAGUAACCUAGCGUCACCACAUCCUUGCAGCAAUAUUAUACAGCCAAUUAAGAAACCAUUAACCACCAUUCGAAAACCCGGUAGGCCAGCAAAAGUAAAAAUCUCUGGCAUAUCAGUAACUGUUAAUAGGGUUUCACCUCAGGAAAGAAAAGUGAGUAUUAGCAACUGUUUGCCUCCUUUGCAACAGCAGAAUGUGUUGGAAAAAAACGUACCACAGGAGAGAAAAAAUCAACUGUGCAAUAAUAUAGGUCAAGUAAAGAGCAUGCGGAAAGAUUCUAGAGAGGAUGGAUCAAACAAUGUUAUCACAACAGUGUCAAGAAAACGUGAAAUUCCAUUGAGACAUUCUGCUAGAGACAGAAAACCCUCGCUGCAUUUUUUACAUUCAUUAGCAUCUUCUAGUGCAUUUACUUGUAGAAGUGCCUUACUACGUAAAUCUUACAAACUCCAUUUGAAAAAAGCUAAAGAUCGAAAGGAAAAACACAGGAAAUCAAGUCAGAGCACAGCAUCCAAAGAUACCUCAGAACUGAGAAAUUCAGGAAAUACAAAAAAGGGUCUUAAGGAUGGUGAAUUUGGGCCCAUUAAUGAAGUAUCAUUGGAUCCCAUUUUUUCAUCGAAUCCCUCUCUCAGGUGGUGGCCUAUUUCCACUUCAAGUGACACUUUGUUGGAAGAACUAAAUAAUAGAUUUGAACAGAUAACUAAUACCUGGUUGCGAGUGGGGGGAAAUGAGUUUGAUAAAUGUGUAUGUGAAAAAAGGGAUCCCACUGAACAAGACUGUAGUACUGAAAUAUCAAAUCCUUUAGACUCCUGCCUUGUAGAACUUGAAACAUCACCUAUAAGAAUGCUUUUUCAGAAAAAGUGUAAUAUGAAUGAACUCUGCACCUGGUUUAUGCAAACUACAGAAACACAGUCUCUCUCUCUAGUGAGGAAGGCGAAUGCCCGCAAUCCUUUAGAAGUAGUUAGUACUAGAGAGGUAAAGAUGGAAACUAAACAACCUGAUCUUAGUACUUGCCCUUUCAGAAAGCACUUUAAAAAGUUUGCACUAUCCUCUCCUUCUAAACCAGCAGGGAAAUUACAAAUAUUACAUAACAUGGUGAGGUCUCCAGUCUUGAGCAUGAAAAGUAAUUUCACGUUAGCCAGAUUAAAAAGAAAUGAAUUUAAGAAGUUACAGCAUGAUAGGUGGGGACAAACAAAAAAGCUCUAUAAUCAGCCUCCUGGAGGCUGGAAAUCAAAAAAGAAAAAUUUACAGUUCUUUUGCCAAAGCCAGUUGUUUAAAAGUACAAGUGGGGAAACCAAUGAUGAAAUGCCCAAGCUCCAGGAAAAAAAUACAGUAGAAAUCCAGCCCACUCAGACUUUGGUUGAGUCUCAGAGUAGCCUCUUGCCAACUGAAAAUGAAGCCAGAGAUGCAUUUGUUCAACAGAUGAUGGGAUCUUCUGACUUUAACCCACAUCCUGGUUUAACAAAUAUACUUAAGUCACAUGCAGAGACAAAUGGAACAAUUUGCUGCCAACAAAAUGUUAGAAAAGAACAAAGCCAAGAUAAACUGUUUGAAAAUACUUGGAAAACCAAAACCUUUAAAGAUUGUAGGAUAUUUCUGAGAAAAAUCAACCAUAUUGAGCAGCACAAUUCAUUUAAGUUAAAUAAUGUCAUUUAUUCUGCUGAAGCUGUUGAAAGUAAAAACACUCAGACCUAUAUGGAAGAAAAAAGACAUCCUCUUUUAAGGUCCCAUUCUACUAAGCAAAAUGCAUUAAAGAAACAAGAAAAUGAAAUGGAAACAUCUAAAGGAUCUAAUUCUUCUAAAGUGACUGAAAGGCUGGAUAACCAGUUUCACAGCAGAAAAUUAAGUAGUGUAAACCAUGAUGAUAAUCCUGCUGGUAGUUCUGAAGUUCUUAUCAGAAUAAACAAAAGAAAAACUCCACAAUGGGAGACCACUGAUACAAAUAUAAGAAAAAAGCAUAAGAGACAGUCAUGCAGUAGUGGACAAAUGGCAACUUAUUACCCAAAGUACCAAGUAGCACGCUACAAGUGAAAGUCUCGGAGCCACAGAAUUCAAUAGACAUGAACACAGAAAAUGAACAUUUGAAGUCCAUAAAGAUGUGCCUUAAUCAGCCCACUGAGUGGAAUCUGAGUCUUUCAGCAGCAUCUCUCGCCAGCUGUAAAGUUUUUAACCAAAAUCUCAAAACUGAUGAGAACAAAUAGAUUGCAGCUGUUCUUGCACUAUUAUUUUGUACAUUGUUCCUGAUUUUUUUUUCUGCUGAAUAAUAAGCAUUUAUUACAUUGAUCUUGAAAUGAUCUUGUGUGAUUUGGCUUUAUAUUACUACUAGCAUUAUUCAUUUUGAUGUACUUCUUUUUUUAAAUAUACAGUUUCACAUCUGACCAUCAUGAAAUUCUUGCAGUACAAAUUUAUUAUCAAAAUCAGAUGUUCCCCUUUAAUAGUAUUGUGAUUUUUCUAUGUUCUCUAAUUAUUUCCCCGAUUUUAUUUUUGUGCACGAAAGUUAAUAUAUUAUGUAAUUUGUGGCAUAGGUUACCAUGUAAAGAUUUAUGGUAAUAAUAAUUCAAACAAAUCUGUAACAGGUGGAGACAGACUACCUUGAAGCAAAGCAGUAAAAAGGUAAAUUAUCCGAGAUCUCCUUUGCAAAGGGAUUGAAAUGCAUCACACCACCAGUUUGUUUCUGCAGUAUGCUUUCAUCUUCAUUUAUCUUGAGAACUUCUAUGUGACAGUGUUUAAUGACCAUAACGUCUAAAAGGAAUGCCGAGCCUGCAGGAGAAUCUCUUGAAAGAUUGUCAUUCAACAAAUCUGUAUCUGCACUUUUUGAGGUUUCUGCUAAAUGGUCUUUCUUCCCCUUUUGUUUUUAUGAAUUUAUGCCUGCCACCAAUUAAAAUGGAUGUAAAUGCUCCUCCUA